AAUAUCAGUUGUCUAACUUAGAUAGACCUAUCGUACGCCUCUCUCUGGACCCUUCCCUCUGGCAUGUGUGCCGACAAAGUUUCUUAUACUAGAUCUAAAUAUCUACCAGCCAAUACCGAUUUUAGUAAGCAAAUCUAGGAGUGCCACAUCAUCUGCUAAAUAAAUUUCCAGAUACCAUACAUUUUACAGAAUAUUCUGAUUGACUGCCAUGGCAAGGCAAUCGAAUCCUGUGGACUAUCAACUGAGUUUAGCUAAAUAUAUCUAGGAUUCUUUUACUAAGAUGAUUGUUCCACAAAAUUUCUUACUUUGUAUUCAUAAAUACAACGCUAAUGUGCUCACAGAUCUAGACAUGAAACGAGUUCGUCAGCGUCUAACACAGGAGAUUCCAGAGGAUGUUAAUAUGCACUUGCUAGACUUAUUACCAAAAUACGAAGGAUGGUUUGAAUGUGUAAUAAAUGUUUUAUCUGAUCCAGAGGUCAAACAGCCGCAUAUUGCUCAACAUUUUCAAGACCUACGAAGUAAGCAUGAUGAAAAAUGGAAAGCUGAGCACCUACAGGACUGUGAACAGAAUGUGAGAGCUGUGACCGAAGUUAUACCACAGAAGCUUGCUGAUGGAGAUGCAUCACCAAAUGUUUUGACAGUUGCUGAGACUAAAGACACUUUGGACACUUCAACCAUUGAUGACAGUCUCACAUUGGGUCCUGCUUUAAAUGAUAGCUCAGAUUCUGAUGUGAAUGAUAGCCUACUAAAUUCAGAGGCAUGUGCAGAUGAUAGUCAUGUGUCCAGUGUAAGUCAUAGCCUGUUAGAUUCUGGUAUAAAUGACAGUCUUGUCACAGAUUCUAUUGAAAACACAAGUCUUGGAGUGAAUUUUAUUGUAAAUGAUAGCGCUGACAUAGAGACUGAGAACUUGUUAUCAAAGCUGAGUAUUAUUGAGAACAAAGUGGAAUGGUCAGCAACAGAAGGCAAAGGAAAAUGUCUGCUCUGCAACAUUGAUUUGACAUCCGAGCAGCACAUGCAUCAGCACGUAACAGGCAGAAACCAUAGUAAAAAAUUACAAAGGUCAUCUCUGGAUGAAAGUCCUCACAUUAAGAUUUCACCCACUGAGGGAGAAGAUGUCAAGUAUUGUUAUGUUUGUGGUCUUUCACUUACCUCCCCUGAAAAUGCCAGGCAACAUUAUGAUGGCCGAAAUCACAAAAAGAAAGUUGAAGCCAACAAGCCAAUGUCUACUGCAGCAGUGCCCAAAUAUUCUUCAGAUCCAAUCAACUCUGUUGACCAAAGAGAUCCCAAUCAUUGCAAUAUCUGUAUGGUAACACAUACCUCCCCUGAAACUGCUAAACAACACUAUGAGGGAAAAAGUCAUAAGAAGAAAUUUCUUACUUUAAAUAUAGAUUUGCCAAAUGUAGAAUUAAACGAUUCUGCCUUGACGGAAGCAGUUGGCAAUGAUAUUUAUAGUUUAGAUACUUCAGGCAGAGGUCAAUGUAAAAUUUGUAAUGUUUCUUUCACCUCAAAGCAACUAGCCAAGGAACAUUUAGAUGGAUUUAAUCACAAAAAAAAGUUGGCAACAUUAUCAGCAUCUAAAAUUAACAAUUGAUUUCUCUCCUUAAAUGUUUUUUAUAAAUUUAUGAAAAACUUUUGUACAGAGAGAAUAUGUUUAUGUUUAAGUUUCAUAGAACCUUAAAAUAUCAACUAAAUAAUAACAUGUCUCUGUGUUGAGUAAAAGCAUUUAUAAAAAAUGUUUUGGCUUGAGUUCAGUGUCAAAUUUUUAAUGACAUUUGUCUUAAAAACUUUUGAUACAGCAUUUUAGAAUUGAGCUUUUUAUACAUUUUUGCCGGAAUGUAGAAAAAUUUAUACUUAAGUUUCAUAGAACCUUAAAAUAUCGACUAAAUAAUAACAUGUCUCGGUGUUGAGUAAAAGCAUUUAUAAAAAAUGUUUUGGCUUGAGUUCAGUGUCAAAUUUUUAAUGACAUUUGUCUUAAAAACUUUUGAUACAGCAUUUUAGAAUUGAGCUUUUUAUACAUUUUUGCCGGAAUGUAGAAAAAUUUAUACUUAAGUUUCAUAGAACCUUAAAAUAUCGACUAAAUAAUAACAUGUCUCGGUGUUGAGUAAAAGCAUUUAUAAAAAAUGUUUUGGCUUGAGUUCAGUGUCAAAUUUUUAAUGACAUUUGUCUUAAAAACUUUUGAUACAGCAUUUUAGAAUUGAGCUUUUUAUACAUUUUUGCCGGAAUGUAGAAAAAUUUAUACUUCUAAAUGUUUCUGUAGCAACAAACAUGUCACUGUGUACACCAUGAAACCUAAUUUAUUUUUAUUGUGACUUUAAAAUUGUGUUCAAUUUAUUUGAAUUGAAUUUUGUGUUUCUUAAAUCUACAAGUCUUUCUUCUCUUCUGCUAAAAUGUCUUUCAAAAGUGGGGUCUCAGUAUGUAAAGGUUGAUUUCAAUGAAACUGGUCAAUUUUUUAUCUCCAACGCUGAAGAGUGUUUUGUGACUAGCAUUGUCAUCAUCUCUCCCUUAUACACAAUAGAUGUUCUGGGGAACUAAAGGUUUUAAAAGGUGCAGCUACACAUCUCAGGCAUGUAGAGCUGUAGAAAAUCAACAUGAUUUUAACACAUUUUUCUGUAUUGAUCUUUAUUUACAUUGGAAAUUCAAAAAAAUCUUUCUGUAUUGACCUGUAGGCCUACUUACAUUGGAAAUCCAAAAAAAUCUUUCUGUAUUGACCUGUAGGCCUACUUACAUUUGAAAUCCAAAAAAAUCUUUCUGUAUUGACCUGUAGGCCUACUUACAUUGGAAAUCCAAAAAAAUCUUUCUGUAUUGACCUGUAGGCCUACUUACAUUUGAAAUCCAAAAAAAAACAAUCUUACUGUAUUGACUUGUAUCUACAUUUAAAAUCUUAUUUCUUUUUUUAGCCUCUUUUUGAUCACAUGAAUGCUUAAAUCUAAAAUGUGUUGUUUAGACAUUAUUUUGUUUCCAUCAUAUUUGAUUUUAGUGGUCUUUGAUUAGUUGAUAUAAUUUCUAAUGUAACCAUUAAGUGAUCUUUUCUAUUUCAAGAUGCCUAUAAGCUGUUGAUGAUUGAUCCAAGUAUCCAAGCAUACUGAUCUAAAGUAUUCAUUGAAUCUUAUGCAAAAUAAAAACAUGUUGAAAUAGUUGUUAUUGAAUAUCCCUGAAACUAAUGUUGCCCAACAUGCUUCUUUAGAGUAAACAAUAUUUAAAUGUAAUAUUACAAGAAAAAAAAAAGUUUUCUUUACAUUUGUAUACAAUUGAUUUUCUACAGGACUUUGUGUUUAUUAAACUGAAAAUAAUUUGAAUUUGAUGUAGAAUUUUAACAAAACAUCAACACCGAUAUAUUUCUGUAAUAGCAAAAUUUGUUGGUCAAUUAAUUUUUUUAAAAACUCUGUUUAAUCUUUUAGUCCAAUAUGGAAAACAUAAUUGUAAUAGAAGCUGAUGAAAUGUUCAUUUUGUUAUUAACUAAAUUCUCAUUUGAGUUUGCUUUAAGCUAGUUUGUUCAAACCAUUUUAUAUUCACGUCUAAUUGCUGUCUGAAAUUAAAUGUCAUCGCUGAUUGAAAAUAAAGUUCAAAUUGAAAGAUGUAAACUGAAAUGUAAAACAGUGCUCAAUAAAAGUUUUACAUCACUGAUGUGUAAACAAAAAUAUGUUACUUGUAGCCUAUUUCUAUCUUGAUUACUGUUAACUUACUCCCAGUUUUUCUAAACUUCUGUGGAACACAAAUGUUCAGUGAGGCUUUAAUCUGUGUUUCACAAACAUUUCAAGUAACUUAGUGCAUGAGGUUUAAUUCUUAGGUAAAAGCAAAAAAAAAAAAAAAAUUGUUUGAAAGUUCAGCAUGACUUAUUACUUAUUAAAAAAAAAAAAGAAACCCAGACUUUUAUUGAUAAUAUUGACUAAAAAUGAAAAUGCAAUAAAGGAAUCUUAUAGAUUAAGCUUUUACAUUGUUGAAGUUUAUCCAAAUGGAAAGAUUCAGGUGCCAAAGACAUGUGUAGGAAAGCACUCUCAUGGCAUUUAACACAAGCGUUACAAAGACACCCUUAAGAGCUCCCUCAAGGAGUGUAAUAUUAACAUUCACAGCUGAGAAACACUAGCUCUUGAUCAAUCCUUAAGCUGUGUAGCUAUUUCAGAGUCUCAAGAUAUGAGGAGAAUGGUCAGGAUGAAAGACUGCAGAGCUAACAAAAGGCUGAGAGAAGAAGCAGGCUUACCUGCAGUAGAUCCAACUUACCCAUGCCAUCUAUGUGGCCAGCUUUUUAAAGCAAGGAUUGGACUUAAUAGCCAUCUUCAAGUAAUGAGAAAUGUGCUCAUCUUCUAUCACAAAGGAGGAGCAAUAUAUAUAUAUAUCAUGUUCUUAAUGACUAGACUAUUGAAAAUAAUAGAUGCAAUUCAAUUUGUGAAUAGAAUACUAUGACAUUCUAUUGAUUUAGAUCUUUAUAAGUACAUAGAGUUACUACAAAUCUUGUUGAGCCUAUGAAAAAAAAAAACCAGACCCAAAGGAGGAA